UCAACCGGCGCCGACACCCGGCAAAUCCAUCCAAAUUGUUGUAGAAACGUGGUCGACAUCUGGACCGUUGGUCGAACUCACCAUGCUUGCAGUUAUCCUAACUCUUCCAGCAAUUUUUUGCUGCGGCUUUUAUCUGUGGUUCAAGAUCAAAGGAUUGGAAUAUGUAGUUGUACACCAACGAUGGAUAUUUGUCUGUCUCUUUCUACUUCCGGUUUCUGUCCUAUUCGAUGUGCUAAUUUCCUUCCGAAACUGGAUUACUUUCAAAAUGACCAGUGCACCUAAAAAACACGAUACUCGUGUCAGGGAUAUCCAGAAACAGGUACGGGAAUGGAUGACCGAUGGCUGCGAGCAGCCCAUGUGCACAGCAAGGCCUGGCUGGAUGACUGUCAGUCCCCGCGUUGCUAAAUACAAGCAUACACAUCGUAAGAUUCAAGUAAAUCUCAUUGAUGUGUUAGAAAUUGACACAGAACGCCAAACUGUUAGAGUUGAGCCCUUGGCAACGAUGGGUCAGAUUACAGCCACUCUGAAUCCACUAGGAUGGACGCUGCCUGUGUUACCAGAAUUAGAUGAUCUGACUGUAGGGGGUUUGAUAAUGGGAGUUGGUAUUGAGACGUCUUCUCAUAAGCAUGGUUUGUUUCAACAUACGUGCCUGUCGUACGAGUUGGUGUUGGCUGAUGGUAGCUUGGUCAAAUGUUCUAAAGAUGAAGACCCUGAUCUGUUUUAUGCAGUACCAUGGUCUUAUGGAACACUGGGAUUUCUAGUCGCAGCUGAAAUCAAAAUUAUACCAGCUAAAAAGUUUGUCAAAAUUGAAUACUUCCCAGUCAAGACCACAGAGAAUAUAUCUAAAGUUUUCAAAGACAAAGUAUUUGGAGAGAACGAGUUCGUUGAAGCACUUGUUUAUUCUGAUCACGAGGCAGUGAUCAUGACAGCCAAUCAGACAGAAAAUGCAGAGGCCGAAAAGGUAAAUGCGAUUGGUAACUAUUGGAAACCAUGGUUUUUUAAACACGUUGAAUCAUAUCUUAAAAAGGGACGAGGAGGAGUUGAAUAUAUUCCACUACGUCACUACUAUCAUCGGCAUACUAGAAGUAUAUUCUGGGAGUUGCAGGAUAUUAUACCAUUCGGUAAUAAUCCUAUUUUCAGAUAUCUCUGUGGGUGGAUGGUUCCACCAAAGAUAUCCUUACUGAAACUGACACAAGGUGAAACGAUACGACGUUUGUAUGAGCAGCAUCAUGUGAUUCAAGAUAUGCUGGUUCCCUUGGAAACAUUGGACAGCUCUCUCAAAUGUUUUGAUAAGGAGUUGAAGUUAUAUCCACUUUGGGUAUGUCCAAUGUUAUUACCCAGCAUUCCCGGUAUGGUUCAUCCAAAAAGCGACCAAGACGAAAUGUUUGUGGAUAUUGGUGCCUAUGGCGAGCCAAAAAGAGACGGAUUUAAAGCAAGAGAUACUGUCAGACGAUUGGAAAAAUAUGUACGCAGUGUGGAUGGCUUUCAGAUGCUGUAUGCAGACUGCUAUAUGACCAAGGAAGAAUUCCGCUUCAUGUUUGAUCACUCACUGUACGAUAGGCUGAGAACCAAGCUGAAUUGUUGCAAAGCUUUUCCUGAAGUGUACGAUAAAGUCUCAAAAGCAGCAAGAUUGUAAAAUGGACCUCCUUGUUUAUAUAUUGCUUAAACUUUUCACCACCAGUUCCCUCUUUUCAUCACAAAUUUACAAAAUAGUCCCACUUAUAGUCUGCAUUUUUCUUCCGAAGAAUGGGACAUAUAUAGCCAAUUUUUUUAAGUAAAAAAUGAAAAUUGAC